AUGGGAGGUCAAUUCGACGCGGGACCGGUCCCCUUAUUCCGCGCGCAGCCGCGUCCCGGCUCCCGCCGCCGCCUAACCGCCAACCCGCCCCCGUACACGCAUCCGCGCGUCCUCUUUACGGAGGCGGACCGCGCCGACCUCACGCGCCGCGCGCUGCACGGGGACGCCGCCGCGCCGACUGCCGUCCCGCGCCAGGCGUUCGAGGAGCUAUCGCGGUGGGCGGAGCGCGUGGUGUACGCCGCGGACUCCCCCAUCAAGCAGAUCUUCGACGUGCUCGCGGGGACAAUUUCCGCGCGCCUGCCCUGCGGCGACCCGCGCAAGGCGUUCGCGGGGCUGAAGGCGCUCGUUACCGACGCGGGUUCGAAACCUCCCGGCGCGGUUAUCAACGGGGCGUUUUACGCGCGCAUGUUCGACAUGGGAGUGGCCCCGGCGACUAAGAAUUACGUGCUGAAGAGCUCCGGGAUCGUGCCGCCGCCGCCCGCCACGGACGCGACGCCGUCGCUCGGGGUAAAGCUGCUGUUCGGCUCGCAAGAUGCGGGCGUUCCUAGUUUCUACCCUCCCAUAUACGAAGCGCUGCAGAACGCGGGGUACGUGGCGUGGGUGCGCGGCGAUCAGAAGCGGCUGGAGUACCUCGCGGGCGUGCUGGCGGUCGCCGCCGGCGUGCACCUGCUGUUCCACGCGCGCGGCUCGCUCGUGCUCGUCAAGGGCGAAGGGGGCUUCUGCAAGUACAACACGGGGCCACGCAGCGACAGCUCCGCGUCAACGGCGCUCGCGCUCGCCUACGACCUGCUCUUCACGCCCUCCCUGCGCGCCACCGGCUCGCGCGCGCAGCUCGCCCCCGCGCGCCGGCUGCUCCUGCGCAUGGGGCGCAACCGCGUGGCCUCCGCGUUCAACGCAGACCCCUACCGCAUGGGCAAGGGCGCCGCGCUCAACCCCUUCUACACUGGGACUACGUUUCAGCUGGCGACGGCGCUGGUGCUGCUGGUGCAGUAUGCUGUGGAGGGCGAGGAGGAGGACGACUGGGAGGAGCCGUGGGACGAGGCGGACAGGGAGGAGGAGGAGAUGAAGAGGAAGGGGGUGGUGGUGGUGGGUGGGGUUGGUGCGGGUGUGGCAGGGGAUGAGAAGGGGUGGAGGGAGAAGCUGCGGUACGAUGCGGUGGCAGUGGAUUUCAAUGUCAAGUCGCUCUUCUACUACAUGACCUACGCUGGCGCCUGUGAUCCCACUGGUGUCACCCGGGAGUUCCCCGGGUAUUUCAUGACGCCCAUGCGCCAGGCGGCCUUCCCCAUGCUGGCAGUCAUGCGGCGCGGCCACGACGUGUUUGCCGACCCCACCAACACCUACCAGCUGCUCAUGGACGUCUUCCAGACCCUCGCGCCCUGGUCCCUCGCCCCGCCCUGCUUCGGCGCGCAGGACGGCACGUGCUUCUGCGGGGGGUUCUCCCAGAGCGAGUACUACAUUCUAGCCAAGUACCUCUUUCCGGCCGACCCGCUGACGGAUUUCAUCUACCAGAAGUACAACACGCAGCCGCGCACCAAGGAGAUUGGCGCGUUUGGCGUGAACAAGAUGCCGUUCCAGACGUGUCUGCUGGGCAUGGAUGUGACCAAGAAGAACAUCUCCUAUCUGCAGGUGGCGUCUGUGGUUGGGCUCCCGCUCGUGCUGUUUGCCAACAGGCUGGGGACUGGCACGGCACGGUCCGGCUGGGGCGAUGGUAGAACCACUGCUGCUACCACUCCUGCUGCUGCCGCUGCUGCGGCUGGUGCUGUUUCUGUUAAAGAGUGGGAGGCGGAGCUAGCUGCUGCAGUAAAAUCAGCCCAGCCAGGCGAAAAGCCCGCCCCUCCUCCCCCAGCCUCCACACCCCCUGUCAUCCCGUUUCCACACAUCCCCCUCCCGUCCCCCACCCCUGCUGCCACCCCACCGUGGUCCCCGUCCCAAGUGAGCACGGACGAGCAGGGUCUUCUGCUCUUCUUCGAGUGUCGCCCGGACACCUACUUCCUCGACCACUGCCACGCGUCCCGCAACGACUUCUACCUUCUCGGCUGCUCCCGCGCCUGGAUCUGCCCUGCGCUGUACCACAACGUGGAGAGCGAGGCGUGCUCGACCGUGCUGAUUGACGGGCUGGGGCAGGGGGGGACGCACACGCUGGAGGCGGAGGCCAAGGGGUUUCCGCUGACGUGGAGCUGCAUGCCGGGGAAGGUGGUGGGCACGUGGCAUGAGGAGCGGCUGAGCUGGUUUGCCGGGGAUGCCAGUGCUGCGUACAGGUUUCUCACCAAGGGCUGGCAGGUACCCCGCCCAGCAGCGCGGCCUCAGGACGACAACAACAUCGAAACCCCGUACGCCUGGAAGGACUUCUACUACGAACCCGUGGACUUCGGCCCCUCGCUGGUUCCCAAGAUCAUCAAGAAGGGCACUCCUCCCCCUGCUGCUGGGAGUGCAGGGGCAGUGCCGGGCGCUGGGGACCCUGUGGUGGAGCCGGAGUGGGUGGAGGAUAAUGCAUGGGCGUCGUGGCACAUCUGUGCGCGCCAGGAGUUCAACCCCGUGCGCUACGCCUUCCGCACCGCCGCUCUCAUCCGCGCCAAGCGCCCCAAGUCGCGGCCAUAUGUGAUCAUAGUGGACGAUAUUCGCAAGGAUGAGAGGGCGCACACGUAUACAUGGGUUGCCAACACCACCCAGCCGUACAUGGCCAUGGUGGGGUACGGCCAACGCCUCUUCCUCCUCACCGGCCCUCAGCAGAAGCCGGGUGCUGCCGCACUGGCUGGAAAGGCAGCAGCAGCACCGGCUGCAGCGGCGGCGGCGGCGGCAGCAAGUGAUGUGAUUAUUUCUCCGGAAGAAGCCCGUCGGUACAAAUCUCUGGAUCCAACCACGGAUGCUAUCUUCAUCCGGGGGGAUGAUGUUCAUCCCAAGACCCGCCAGGCGCUCCCAGGCACGCCGCGCAUGCUGCUGCGCGUACUGCAGGGCGACGGGCACCGCUCUGCACCCAUCCGGCUCGUGAAGGUGGAGUCGAGCAAGUCGCCCCAGGGCCCGGGCAGUGGCAAGGGGCCGUACUAUGCGGGUGUGGCAACAGGGGGGGAGUACUGGCGUGUGGAGGUAGAGAGGAAGGCUGUGGUGGAGCCGAGGUUCAAGAUCAUGCUGCUGCCGUUCCUGGAAGGGGAGGAGCUGCCGGUGACAGGGUGGCACAGGGGGAGAGGAGGUGCGGGUGGGAAGGAGGGUCCUGAGCUGCUGACUAAGGGCAGUGACAAUCGGACGAGAGUGACGCUGCUGGACUGA